GGAAGCUCCGCCAGGGCAAGGGUAGGGAGGAGGCGGCCGAAGCUCGUCUCCCGGCGGAGCUGGGCCGAGCCGAGGGCCGGUGCCAGCCCCUCCAGCCCCGGGACAGCAGCAGGAGCCCAGCCGGAGCCGCGGGCACUGUCGCCAUGCGCUGGGUCCGGGCACUGUUGAAGAAUGCGUCCCUAGCAGGGGCGCCCAAGUACAUCGAGCACUUCAGCAAAUUCUCUCCGUCCCCGCUGUCCAUGAAGCAGUUUCUAGACUUCGGAUCCAGCAAUGCCUGCGAGAAAACAUCAUUCACCUUCCUCAGGCAGGAGCUGCCCGUGCGCCUGGCCAACAUCAUGAAAGAGAUUAACCUGCUUCCAGACCGAGUACUGGGCACCCCCUCGGUGCAGCUGGUGCAGAGCUGGUAUGUCCAGAGUCUACUGGACAUCAUGGAAUUCCUGGACAAGGACCCUGAGGACCACCGGACCUUAAGCCAGUUCACUGAUGCCCUGGUCACCAUCCGGAACCGGCACAAUGACGUAGUGCCCACCAUGGCACAGGGAGUGCUGGAGUACAAGGACACUUACGGCGACGACCCGGUCUCUAACCAGAACAUCCAGUACUUCCUAGACCGCUUCUACCUCAGCCGCAUUUCUAUCCGCAUGCUUAUCAACCAGCACACCCUCAUCUUUGACGGCAGCACCAACCCAGCCCACCCCAAACACAUUGGCAGCAUUGACCCCAACUGCAGCGUGUCUGACGUGGUGAAAGAUGCCUAUGACAUGGCUAAGCUCCUGUGUGACAAAUAUUACAUGGCUUCACCCGACCUGGAGAUCCAGGAAGUCAAUGCCACCAACGCCACCCAGCCCAUUCACAUGGUCUAUGUCCCCUCCCACCUCUACCAUAUGCUCUUUGAACUCUUCAAGAACGCCAUGCGCGCCACCGUGGAAAGCCACGAGUCCAGCCUCACUCUUCCUCCUAUCAAAAUUAUGGUGGCCUUGGGCGAAGAAGAUCUGUCCAUCAAAAUGAGUGACCGAGGCGGGGGUGUCCCCUUGAGGAAGAUCGAAAGGCUCUUCAGCUACAUGUACUCCACAGCCCCCACACCCCAACCUGGCACUGGGGGUACCCCAUUGGCUGGCUUUGGGUAUGGACUCCCCAUUUCCCGCCUCUACGCCAAGUACUUCCAGGGGGACCUGCAGCUCUUCUCGAUGGAGGGCUUUGGGACAGAUGCUGUCAUCUAUCUCAAGGCCCUGUCCACGGACUCAGUGGAGCGCCUGCCCGUCUACAACAAGUCUGCCUGGCGCCACUACCAGACCAUCCAGGAGGCCGGUGACUGGUGUGUGCCCAGCACAGAGCCCAAGAACACAUCAACGUAUCGGGUCAGCUAGGGGCUUUCUCUCCCUGGCACCUGGGAGAAUGCUGCCACCUCUGAAUCCAGCCACCACAGGGACUUUCCCUAUCCCCUGGGGGUACCGGGGUGAAGCUGCAUCUCCCUGAUGGCCACGUCUGUCUUUGUAGAAAUCUCAGUGACCCAUCUGUGGUGGUCCCUAAGUGCCAAUUUGUCUCUUUGGAGAAACCUAGGGGUUCCCCUGUAGCCUGGUCUCCAUGGUGAUGUUUAAGAGUUGGGGAUGGCUCUAUGUGAUGGGGUGCCCAGAGACACUUUUUUCCAUGGCAGUUCUCCCAUGACCAGAGCUGUCAGUUUUCUACCAGAGACCCCAGGUCCCACUCAUUGCUUGCAUAGCCCUAGCUUUCCAGGUGGCUGCUGCCCUGUUUGUCUUAUGCCCACACCCUGUACAGGCAGUCUGGACUAGGUCCUUU